AUGGAGAAGCUACUGCUAUCGCCGACGCUGUUUGUCAUUUUGAUAAUGGCCACAAAAUGCGGCAAUGCCGUUGCACAGAAUCAGCAUCACGAGAGCAACUCCCAGUUGGAUCCCGACCCAGAGUUCAUUGGCUUCAUCAACAAUGUGACCUAUCCGGCUGGACGGGAGGCCAUACUCGCGUGCUCCGUACGAAAUCUAGGCAAGAACAAGGUGGGCUGGUUAAGGGCCUCCGAUCAAACUGUGCUGGCCCUGCAAGGCCGCGUGGUCACCCACAAUGCGAGGAUCAGUGUCAUGCACCAAGAUAUGCACACAUGGAAACUGAAGAUCAGCAAGCUGCGUGAGAGCGAUCGAGGCUGCUAUAUGUGCCAGAUCAACACGAGUCCCAUGAAGAAGCAAGUCGGAUGCAUCGAUGUGCAAGUGCCUCCCGACAUAAUCAAUGAGGAUUCCUCCGCUGAUAUGGCCGUGCAGGAGGGCGAGGAUGCCACGCUCACCUGCAAGGCCACUGGCAAUCCUCUGCCCCGCGUUAUCUGGCGACGGGAGGAUGGCGAAAUGAUACUCAUACGAAAGCCAGGCAGUCGCGAGCUGAUGAAAGUGGAGUCCUAUAAUGGCUCUUCUUUGAGAUUGCUUCGUCUGGAGAGGCGCCAGAUGGGCGCCUAUCUGUGCAUUGCCUCCAAUGAUGUACCACCGGCAGUCAGUAAACGCGUAUCGCUCAGUGUGCAAUUUGCGCCCAUGGUGCGUGCCCCCAGCCAACUGCUCGGCACGCCGCUGGGCUCCGAUGUGCAGCUGGAAUGCCAGGUGGAGGCCUCGCCCUCGCCCGUCUCCUACUGGCUGAAGGGGGCGCGGACCUCGAAUGGGUUCGCCAGCGUCUCCACAGCGAGUCUGGAGUCUGGGUCGCCAGGACCCGAAAUGCUGCUCGAUGGGCCCAAGUAUGGGAUAACGGAGCGGCGCGAUGGCUAUCGCGGGGUCAUGUUGCUGGUGGUGCGUUCCUUCUCGCCCUCCGAUGUGGGCACCUAUCACUGCGUCAGCACAAACUCGCUGGGCCGUGCCGAGGGCACACUGCGGUUAUACGAAAUCAAGCUACAUCCUGGUGCCGCGGCCAGCAACGAUGAUCAUCUCAAUUUCGUUGGAGGCCUCGAGGAUGCGGCACGGAGUGUGGCCACCAGGAGGCACACAACGUGGCAGCCGCUGUGGAUGCUGAUGCUGAUGCUGCUGCUGAUGCCGCUGCGACAGCGGCCUGGAGGAGCGUGAUAUCAAAACUGAAGAAGAGCCGGCAAUCAAGUAUUCCUACACGAUUCCCUCGGACAUCGACAUCGACAUCGACUACAACAUCGACAUCGAUAUCUAUAUCGCCUGCAUUCUUGUUGUUUCUGUAACCGUUUCCAUUUGCGUUCUGCGUUUGCGUUUGCGUUAAAUCUCCCCUUAGUGUAUAUCCUCGCCACAUACAUAUAUAUAUGUAUAUGUACUGCCAAGGGCGCCGUCCUGCGCCAGAUAUCAUUUGCAUACGUAUCAGGAAUCGCGUUGUUCCCACCAUUACCACCAACAGACCCCGGCCCUGGUCCUGGCUCGGAUAAUAUCAAAGUGGACGAUUGCAUAGCCCCAGACCCAGCCACAGCCACAGCCACAGCCCAUUCCCCCGAACAUAAUGUUACA